AGAGGCUGGAAUUAAAUUAAACCAUCUUUCCUGGACAGGAAAAGCAAAGCACAAAUGAAGGAAAGAAUAAUAUAAUUCACUUUUUUGAUAGAAAGAGCUUCAUAAUGGAGGCGAAAAAUAUCUACUGGGUGGCCAGGAACCCGAGCCCAGAGGCUAUAGGUCUGAAUGAGGGUGGGAGGGUAUGAGACACUACAACACAGACAGUUCCUCUGCUAUAUCUACAUACAGAUAUCAGAGUUUCAUGAGAUAGAAUGCUGAAUGCCGGAGGAGACGAUCCUGAAUAUGGAAUUAUACAAAUACAACCAGAUGUAAAGGUGGGAGAAAUUAACAGCAGAUGUGACUGAAGGAAUAAUAAAGGAUCUGAACUCAGCAAGAUGUAAGAUUAUCCAGGCUUGUGGAUGAUCCAGCAGGGUGGAGUGUGUGAACAGUUGAGUGAUUGCAAAGCAGCUAUACAAUGCCAAACUUUCAUAGGCAAAUGUUGGGCAAAUUCAUUAGGUAUCUGUAUAGGGUUGCAUUAAAAUUAUGAUUGUAGCUUAAUCACUUCAUACUUAGACUUUUCCAUUUGUUCAUGGUUCAUUCCAAGUGAUUUUUGUACACAUAUUAGGUCACAUAUUUGAACAUGAAACAUGUCAGACCCUGCGUCCCUUGUGGACUGAGUAAUAUAAUGUGUUGGAACGGGUUUGCUUUAGGACCGAUGGACCUUAUGGGACACCGUACAAGCCGUUCUGUGUGAAUUCAAGAUGGCGGUCUCCAUGAGCAGGAGCAUGAAACGCGUUUUAAGUUUCAUUCAAAAGAACAAUCUUAAAACAAGGUCGUUUUGCACCCAAAAGGCGUCCGAAGUGAAGGGCAUCCAUGAAGGGCGUGUGUUCUCAGGAAUCCAGCCCACUGGGAUUCCUCACUUGGGAAACUACCUUGGUGCUCUGGAGAGCUGGGUGUCCAUGCAGAACGACUACAGCUCCGUGUUGUACAGCAUCGUUGAUCUGCACUCCAUCACCCAGCCUCAGAACCCAGAGUUACUACAGAACAACAUCCUGGACAUGGCAGCCAGCCUGCUGGCCUGUGGCAUUGACCCCACACGCUCUAUCCUUUUCCAACAGUCUGUGGUUUCGGAGCAUGCUGAGCUCUCCUGGAUCCUGGGCUGCCUGACCAGCAUGCCUCGUCUGCGCCACCUACCUCAGUGGAAGAUGAAAAGUAAGCAAAAAGGUGAAGGAAGUGUUGGUCUGUAUACCUACCCAGUGUUGCAGGCUGCAGACAUAUUACUCUACAAAUCCACAUAUGUACCGGUAGGGGAGGAUCAGAUCCAACAUUUAGAAUUAGCCCAGGACCUAGCCCGGAUCUUCAACAACAGUUAUGGACAGCUUUUUCCUGAGCCUCGUGCGCUACUUAGUUCUUCCCGGAAGGUGAAAUCUUUACGAGAUCCCUCCUCUAAGAUGUCUAAGUCGGAUCCACAGAAGUUAGCCACCAUAUUCCUUACCGACAACCCUGACGACAUAGUAUUUAAAAUCCGCCGAGCUGUGACCGAUUUCACAUCCGAGGUCACCUUUGACCCCGUGGGCCGGCCAGGUGUAGCCAAUCUGGUGUCUAUCCACGCUGCCGUCUCGGGCCAGACUGUUGAGGACGUGGUCAGGUUAGCCGAAGGGCUGGACACUGGCAAGUACAAAACUGUGGUCGCAGAAGCUGUGGUGCAGAGACUAGAGCCCAUAAGGCAGGAGAUCCAGAGACUGAAGGCUGACAGGAGCCACCUGGAGAGCGUGUUAGUCGAGGGAGCGGAGAAAGCCCGCAGUCUGGCUGCCCCAGUGAUGCAGGAGGUCAGGAAGCGGGUGGGCUUCUCCUAAUCAUCAGAUGACGCAGUCUGUCACAGGUGGAUGUAUAGUACAGUGUGAAUGAGAGUUUAUAGAUGAUAAAUCGCUAUAAUGUUGUCACUUGUAUACGUUGCAAUUUUAUGUUUGUAUUUAUUUCAGUCCAUGCUCCUCUUCUGUGUACGUGUUUUCAUCGAUACGAUAAUAGCUCUCCACACAGGAACAUCGCAAUGUCCCCUUAAGUCCAUAUUUAGAAGGACAUCUGUUUAAGAACAGGUGACAUUGAACGCUUUCCACAGACUGGUAGAAUGACACGGCCUCAACCGUGAUAAGGAUGAUCGUCUCAUCCUUUCUGCUUCAUUGAAACAUCUUCAGAAUUUGUUUUCAUCUCCACACUAGAAUAAAUCACUGUA